UGCAAGUCUCUCAUCAGCUCUGCUGUACUGCAUGCGCACCGGUUCAAUGUGCAUUACUGUUAUUAUUCAUCUCUGGUGAAUCAAAGAUCACGAGACCAAACAAUAAGCCAUCACACACGCUGGAAACUUAAACAGUUAAACAUGAGCUGAGUUACACAAACUUAUUCUACAACUUUUUCAUAUUUUGAAGAUGGAGUUUUUUCCCCAGCCUUUUUCAUUGCAUUGCUGAUGCAGUGAGUUCAUGAAGAGCUUUUUUUGUUCCUGUACAAGGACACAACUACAUUUGUUGGCAUGAGAGGUAGAGAAUGGCUUGAAUGGAAACGAGAGAUUUGCUGAAGAAUGCACUGAAGUGGAUUCAAAUGAAGAUUUCUACCGUCUGCAUGUGUUCUACAAAAAAAGAUGAAGACGCGGUCAGUGUAAUAGUGUUGGGCAGUUGCCAGCUGUCUGGGUCAGACACGUUUUAGACUCGAGCUGCUGUCUGGAAGAAGCCGCUUCAUUAAACUCAUGAAUGUUCGUCUGCACAGUUGCCGCUUCUGCUGCGAUAGUAAGAAAUACACGCAAAAGGAGGUGACCUAUAGGAUAUAUCUGUUGGAACUGGACGACUCUACUGCUGGAUGUUCUACAGAAAAGCCGGCAUUUGAUCUGAUGUUCAUCCGGCAAACAAAUGGAUCAUUCAGGACAAGCUCCUAAUAUAGAUCCGCUGCUCUGGAAUAACAUGAAGAGAGUUCUUAUGGAUUCUUGCCCAGCUCAUGGCUGACAAAGGUGCAGGCACAAGUCCUUCCUAGAGACUUCACCUUUAGGAAGACGUUUAAACCUGGGAUUAAGUGUGAACUGAGAUUCGAAUGUAUCGAGGAUGCUUGUCACGGAUAUGUUAUGGUGCGAAGCUGGAUUGAUCAUAUCGCUUUAAUCCACUUGUAGCCUCCCCCAACCCCCCUACCCCCACACCCAUGUCAGAUCUUCCCUAAAUUAUGGAAAUUUUUUGGAAGACGCUGACUUGGAUAUUUAGCCUGGUCUUGGCCGCUGCUGAAGCUCAGAUCCUUUCAUACAACUCUCAAGCGGAAUUCCUAUCCACGCUGGAGCACUAUCAGCUAACAGUACCAGUGCGGGUGAACGAGAGGGGCCAGUUCAUGAGUUACACUGUGAAACAUUACAGGCCCGGUCGGCGGCGACGUGGGCUGGACCAGGCUGAGCUGGACCACACUGAGACCAGGCUUUUUUACAAACUCUCAGCCUACGGCAAGCACUUUCACCUGAACCUGACACUCAACCCCAAUCUGGUUUCUAAACAUUUCACAGUAGAGUACUGGGGCAAAGACGGACUAGACUGGCAGCAUUCAGUGGUCGAUAACUGCCACUAUGCUGGAUAUCUACUGGAUCAAUAUAGCACUACAAAAGUGGCAUUGAGCAACUGCAAAGGCUUGCAUGGUGUCAUAACCACAGAGGAUGAGCAAUAUUUAAUAGAGCCAUUAAAAAAUAUAUCCAGAAAUUUCAGUGAUGUCAACCACGAAGGACAACCACAUGUUAUUUAUAAAAAGACUUCCAUUCCUUCUCCACAAAAGCCAAGCGAGGAGUUCAGCUGUGGUGUUUCAGACCUCACAAUAAACAGGACACCCUGCUACGAUACCAAUCCUGAAGCAACCCCACCUUACCCAGUCUCGGGCGGCGACAGCUCGACGAGUAGCCACCGCCAGCGCCGUUCCGUCAGUUCUGAACGCUUUGUGGAGACCCUAGUGGUGGCGGACAAAAUGAUGGUUGGCUACCACGGUCGCAAAGACAUCGAGCACUACAUCCUGUCCGUAAUGAAUAUUGUUGCCAAACUUUACCGUGAUGCCAGUCUUGGAAACGUUGUGAACAUUAUUGUAACCCGACUGAUUGUUCUGACAGAAGAUCAGCCCAACUUGGAGAUAAACCACCAUGCAGACAAAUCUCUAGACAGCUUCUGUAAAUGGCAGAAAUCCAUUCUUUCUCAUCAGGGAGAUGGAAACAGUAUCCCAGAGAAUGGGAUUGCCCAUCACGACAAUGCUGUUCUCAUUACAAGGUAUGACAUCUGCACCUAUAAGAAUAAACCCUGCGGUACUCUCGGUUUGGCGUCCGUAGCCGGAAUGUGUGAGCCCGAGAGGAGCUGUAGUAUUAAUGAAGAUAUAGGCCUUGGCUCUGCCUUCACUAUUGCACAUGAGAUCGGACACAAUUUCGGCAUGAACCACGAUGGGAUCGGGAACUCCUGCGGGACCAAAGGUCACGAGACAGCCAAGCUGAUGGCAGCCCAUAUCACAGCCAACACCAACCCCUUCUCCUGGUCAGCCUGCAGCAAGGACUAUAUCACCAGCUUUUUGGACUCGGGUCGUGGAACGUGUCUGGACAAUGAGCCUCUGAAACGAGACUUCCUGUACCCCACUGUGGCUCCAGGGCAGGUGUACGAUGCAGAUGAGCAGUGUCGCUUCCAGUACGGUGCCUCCUCCCGUCAGUGCAAAUAUGGGGAAGUGUGUAGAGAGCUCUGGUGCCUUAGCAAAAGUAAUCGCUGUGUCACCAACAGUAUCCCCGCUGCAGAAGGAACGCUGUGCCAGACCAGCACCAUUGAAAAGGGGUGGUGUUAUCAGGGUGAAUGUGUGGCGUUUGGGACAUGGCCACAGAGCGUGGACGGAAGCUGGGGACCUUGGACAACCUGGGGCGAGUGCAGUCGUACCUGCGGUGGUGGCGUCUCCUCGUCCAUGAGACAUUGUGACAGCCCAGCGCCGACAGGCGGAGGGAAGUACUGUCUCGGAGAGAGGAAGCGCUACAGAUCGUGCAACACUGAUGCUUGUCCAGCAGGAUCACGUGACUUUAGGGAGAAGCAGUGUGCCGAUUUUGACAACAUGCCUUUCCGUGGGAAGUACUACAACUGGAAGCCGUACACUGGAGGUGGAGUGAAACCGUGUGCUUUGAACUGUCUGGCUGAGGGUUACAACUUCUACACUGAACGUUCCCCCGCUGUCAUCGAUGGCACGCGCUGCCAGGCCGACUCGCUGGACAUAUGCAUCAAUGGAGAGUGCAAGCAUGUUGGCUGUGAUAACAUCCUGGGCUCAGAUGCCAAGGAGGACAGAUGCCGUGUGUGUGGCGGGGACGGCAGUACGUGUGAGGUCACUGAAGGACUGUUCAACGAUUCGCUGCCCAGAGGAGGUUACAUGGAGGUCGUCCAGAUACCAAAAGGAUCGGUUCAUAUUGAAAUCAGGGAAGUGGCCGUGUCAAAGAACUACAUUGCUUUGAAAUCGGAGGGGGAUGACUAUUACAUCAACGGAGCCUGGACCAUUGACUGGCCCCGCAAAUUUGACAUCGCAGGAACAGCCUUCCAUUACAAGAGGCCGACUGAUGAACCCGAAUCUCUAGAAGCUCUAGGGGCCACCACUGAAAAUUUGGUGGUUAUGGUGCUACUGCAGGAACAGAACCUGGGCAUCCACUACAAGUUCAAUGUGCCCAUCCAGCGAACAGGAAGUGGGGACAAUGAAGUGGGCUUCUCCUGGCACCAUCUGCCCUGGUCUGAGUGCUCAGCAACAUGUGCAGGAGGCUCGCAGAAGCAGGAGGUGGUGUGUAAAAGACUGGAUGACAAUUCCGUGGUCCAAAACAGCUACUGUGACCUGGACAGCAAACCGCCAGGGAACCAGCGACCUUGUAACACCGAGCCUUGUCCUCCGGAGUGGUUUAUUGGUGACUGGUCAGAAUGUGGAAAAACCUGUGAUGGAGGCAUCCGAACACGUACUGUUUUGUGUAUACGUAAAAUUGGACCCACCGAGGAGGAGACCCUGCAGGACAGCCACUGUCUGACCCAUCGACCAAUUGAACAAGAGUCCUGCAACAAUCAGUCCUGCCCACCCCAGUGGGUGACGCUGGAUUGGUCUGAGUGUACUCCAAAGUGUGGACCUGGCUUCAAGCAUCGCAUCGUUCUAUGUAAAAGUAGCGACCUGACCAAAACCUUCCCACCAGCCCUCUGUUCAGACCAUAACAAACCUCCGGUCCGUAUUCGCUGCAGCCUUGGUCGUUGUCCACCGCCACGCUGGAUCCCGGGAGAAUGGGGACAGUGCUCUGCUCAGUGUGGACUUGGGCAGCAGAUGCGGACGGUUCAGUGUCUGUCAUAUACAGGACAGCCCUCUGUCGAAUGUCCAGACUCACUACGGCCCAACACCAUGCAGCAGUGUGAAAGCAAGUGUGACGCUACACCCAUCUCCAGUGGCGACGAGUGCAAAGACGUAAAUAAGGUGGCAUAUUGCCCAUUGGUGCUGAAGUUCAAGUUCUGCAGUCGUGCGUACUUCAGGCAGAUGUGCUGCAAGACGUGCCAAGGACACUGACCCUGCGGAGAGAAGCAGAGACAGAUGCUGCAACAAGAAAAGAAAGAGAGAACUGGCAGAAACAAAAGCAGACCAGUGUUGGAGGAGUCAACACUGGGCAUGGAGAAGGAAGCCUCUCUUUCUUGCUCUUCAACACACACAUAACUGCUUUUAGCCCUGUGGAACCCAAACCACUGCUCAGCACUGUGCUGACACCUGUUUUAUUUUCACUUCUGUGAAGUGGGAAUGUAUAAAAUGAUCAUUAUUGUUGUUAUUUUUAUAAUAAUAAUAAUAAUAAUUGCUAAUGGUUAUUAUUAUUAUCAAUGUCUUUCUGUUGUUAUAAUCCAAAGUGCUGGACACAAUGCUCACAGAAGUAGCACGGCAGAGGUUUACUUCAAGGCGCCCAUCUACAGUUCGGGAUGUUGGUAUAACCCUUAGUCUCACAUACACACUCCUCCCAUCUUUCUGUUGGCAACACUGCAUUCAGAAGCAUUCGAAUCGAUAACGAUUGCUCGCACUCGCAGCAUCAGAGCAAUUGGAAGUCAUUUGUUUUCAAAAAGAGUUGGCAAUUUGACGCAACGGAAGCAUCGGAGACUGAUGGUGAUGUGACAAAGUACCACAACCAACAACGGAAGUGCAAACACUGCCAUUCAUGUGAUCUGCCACCUGAUACAGUUGUAUACAGCAGUCCAAUAGGAAAGUUUCCAAGCAAAGGACAGUACAGCGACUUGGUGACCACAACAUGAGCUCCUCUUUAGGGCAUAAAAAUGUUCAUAUUUUCCACCCAAAUGAUACUUUCCACCCCUAAAAACAAGUCUCCAUUAGCUCCUGGAGGGCUACCUUUCUGCAGACUUCAGUUCCAACCAAGCUCCAACACGCCUACCUGUAAUUUUAACUAAACUCUGCAGGACGGUAGCCCUCAACAAGCAGGGUUGGCUACCCCUGAAAGAUUGAACUGACGUUUGAUUUCAAAAGUAUAGAAAAGAAGUAUCCAAUCCUGCUCCCUCCUGGAAGGCCACUGUCCUACAGAGUUUAGCUCCAAGCCGCCCAAUACACUUAUCUCGAAGUUUCUAGUAACCCUGAAUUCUUCAAAUAGCUGUGUGUUUAAUUGAGGUAGGAGCUAAACUUUGCAGGACAGUGGCCCUCCAUGAAUAGGACUGGACACUCCUGGUAUCGAUGGUUAAAGCCUGUGUUGGUCAGCUUGAACAGUUUCUUUUUGUGGUUGGAUGGAGUUAGAUAUGCAUGUGGUUUUAUUGAAAUGAAUAACCUGGAACUUCUAUGUACAUUUACUCGCUUGGCAGACACUUUUAUCCAGAGUGACUUACAUUGCAUUAAAGGGUAAUAACCCUUGACCUCAGAGUUGUUAGCGGCAGGCUCUGCCAGUUGAGGAGCUUCUAAACUUGACAGCCCUAGUUGUUACACUUUUUAACUUUCUAAAAUAACAUUGAGACCCAAGGGCCAAAGACAAACAGGGAAGUGCUAUUGGGCGCUUUGGUGCUGAAUUUGUGCAGGCGAAAUCUCAAUUAGAGCUUUAGAUUCCAGAUGUUCAGUUGUGUUAGCCACCUGUUUGACUGAGCUGAAUCACAUGACUACAGGCCAAAGAAUUCCACUAUUGUCUGACACUCGAACAAGGCCUGAAAAUCAGAUCAGUUCCAAAGGGACAUAUCUAUUAUUGUGUCUCUAGAAUUAUUGUGGACACCAGAGAGACAUUAAUUGUGAUUGUGAUGUGAUUCUGCUUUAUGGAUCUGUAUUUUGCUUUAAAUUCUGGGGUUCUGACAUUUAUGCGUCUGUUCCGGGGCCCGGUGUGUUCCAGACGCUGUAAUUUUCACAUAAAAUGUGUGCUGCAGCCACAAUCCACCACAUUAUCAGCAGUAUGCACAGGCAAUUCAUCAGCACAGGGAUGAUUUGCUUGGAGAUCUCCAGGUCUGUGACGCUGAUGCAUUAGUAAAGUUAAGUGAAGGGCCAGUGCCUGGGUAACCUGCCAGAUCCUGCAGAUCCGGUUUGCCAUCAACUACCUCCAAAACACCCCCUCUUCCUCCUUCCCUGAGAUCGCAGUACGUUUAGCCCACACUCUGAAACCCUCCAUACUCAAUGGUGCUUUUCUUCCCUCAGUGGAGGACUGUUUGUUCCACUGCCCUUCUUCCGUUCAUCAUUUGAGUGGGCGGCUCUACUGGCCCCAUGGUGCUAUAAGACCUUGAUGCAUUCUGGGUAUGCGGUCUAAGCAACUGACAGAAAACCAAGAAUACUUUAGCUCUGUUCCAAAUUCUAGUAAGCUUCCUACCUAAACAGGCUUUUUAAGGCAUCAUAGGUGUGUUCCUGAUGCGAAAGCUGUUCCAAAAAGUAAGCAGUUCCUUUUUUUUUUCAUCAAAGUCUAAGGUGGAAUAGCAUAUGUCCUUUGCAAAGGCAAUCCCAGAAUGCAUUGUGUUGAUCUCAGUGUAAAAUAUUCUAGAUUGCAGACUAAGUGAAAAAUAUAAAUAUUUGACUCAAUACUGAAGAGUAUGAAAAAUAUAUAAAAAAUACAGUUUAAACCAGUACUCAUGUACUGUGCAUUUUUAUGCUUGUUGGACUAUUACGCAUUAACUUAGCAACAUGCUAACAUUAAACUCCACUGGAAUCAAUUUUGAGUCAAGUUUCCUGUGCACUUUACGAAUUCUAUUUGUGUGGCAUGUAGAGUUGUUGUCUACAUAGAGUGUUCCAAAUCAAUCAGUCAAUAGGUUCUAUUCCUGUUAGUAUUAGAGCAAUGCAAGAGCACAUGCUAAGUAUGCUAAAUAUGUUCAGCAGGACCGUAUGUGCAUGUUGGGCAAGCGUUUACUUUAGCAUACAUACGUAAGCCAUGUUUCUUGACAUAAAAAGCAGCCGGCUAUGUAAGACAUAGACAGAAAAGCAGCUCGCUGAGUUUUGGAACAGAGCUUUAGCAUAUUUGUUCUGUCUUUCCUUCCUAUCUGUCCUUUUACCUCACACUGGUUUAAGUUCAUAUGUAAACAUUCCACCAACUACAUGUUGCAUUUUUCCAUCAUCCGUGACUGAGUGUCUUUACCCUGCUCUCUUAGCCAAGAGAACAUAAAAUUAUAGAGCAUUGGGGGGGCCUCAAUUUUAGAUCUCACCUUUGUUAUGGGACACAAUUGAAUUAUGGGACAGUUUUGUUUUUAAUCAUACAACCAUUUUACUUUUGCUGCUGCUACUCUUUUGUAGCCACAAACAAUAUUAAUUGGUUAUGUAUUGUUAUGAAAUGUUUAAACUGGGAUUAUUCAAGAGUGAACCUUGAACUGCAGAACUGUAGGCCCAACAUGCUGAGCAUCCUGAUAUUGUGCUUUGUAAAAUCCUAAGGCUUGAAGUACAAGUUUACUGGCUUUGGGACACGGACUCUCAACAAGACACUCAAUGAAACUGGUACUGAUCGCUGUGAACUUGUGUCUUUGAAUGUCACAUUGUUUAACCUGUACCUAUAGAAGAGAGUUUUGCAUUUUUGUGAAUAGUUGCUUACAUUUUAUAUUCAGUAUUAUUAAUGUUGGUACACUGUUACUAAUUUUUUUUUUUUUUUUUUUUUCAUUUGUAAAUUAUAUGCUAAUUUAUUGCCAUGUGUCACUUGUCUUAUGUAUGUUUCACUGCAUGCAAACUGAAAUCUAGUCUAGUGAAAACGAUGCAGUGGAAUAACACCCUUCACGAUCUUGUUUUAGUCUUGGUAAAAUGUGAGUUGAAUGUGUCUUUUUUGCUACUAGGGCGCUCUAAAAAAAAAAGUAUGUCAGAAUGCUUUUGUGUGAGUCAGUGAGUUUGAGUGUGUGUAUGUUGGUAUGGUAUUACUGCACUGUUUCUCAAGGGCCAGUGCUCACAGAAAUAAUAAUAAAAAAUAAUAAUAAAUAAUGGUAAAUGGUGUCAAAGGGUAAGCAAAAAAAAAUAUAUAUAUUAACUUUAACAUUCUCAGUCCUUUGGCUUGUACCCUUGGUGAAUCCUAAAAUAUGUAAUGGAUCCUGAAUAAAAUGACUUUAAAAGGG